AUGAAUCAGAUUCCUGUUUUCGCCGGCUUGGGUUCGGAUGCGCUUUUCUCGGAACGAACUCUGAAGACUGCCGCCGAGGACGCUAAAUCACCAGAAGGCCAGAUUAUAUUACGAGCAUUCCAUGGCAUAUUUGUGAAAGAGAUCACAUCCAUCAUUCAGAGCCAGCGGCUCCCUCAGAUAUCAAGCUGGAAGACUUUGUGGAGCCGGAAAGCCUCAUAA